CGUUAAUACAUCACAACGUCUCCUGAGUGUCGUUAAUUAUAUAGUUGUCGAAGAAAGGUGUCAGAAACAAAUGAGUCCUCCCUACGCCAAUGAAAAAAAGAGUUUGCUCGAGAUGAAAAAGUUCUUGUUGUUGAUGUCGGUGAAGCUAAACGGUCAAUGUUUUUCGAAUCGUUGUCAACUUACAAGAUGAUCAUUACAUUGUAUUAAUCUACUCCUCAUCUUGAUUUUAGAACAUCAAUAAACAUGACUUAGUUUGCGUAGGGUUCCAACAAACAUCGGGAACUUUAUCAUCAAAUUCUUGAAAACACGAAAAUGCCUGCCGCCACAAUGCCUUCUUCGCAUCUCCCGCCUGGAGUUGAGGAUGAUCCUUAUGAAAAUGAGGAAUUUGACGAGGAGUUCACGCCUGACGAAGAGGCCGAAUUCCUUAAGGCUAUGGAACUGAAUGCCAAGCUUAAAUUAAGGCUUCCCCUAAUCGUCCAUCUCUAUAGGAAUAGGAAUCCCUCAACUGUGCGCAUGCGCCCCAAUACCAGGGGAAUAGUGACGCAUACGCAUACGCUUGAGGGAUUUCUACAGGGAUGAAUCAGGGAGAGGCCUAAUUUUUGCCAUGGUUGAAGAGGCAGAACACAUGGACACGAUCGAAGCUUCGAGAGCACUGAAAGGUGGAGGGAAAGUUAUGCUAAAAAUUUCGUUGUCGUUAACAUUAUCGUCCUCCAUUAAAACUCGUCGUCUUGUUUACACCUAUUACAUGUUUUGGCUUUCAUUAAAGUAGAAGUUGCGCGGCCAUAUUGAUUUUUUCUCAUCAUCGUUUUUUUUAACUUUAUCUACUUCGUCACCACCAUCUUCAUCUGCAGUUCUCGUCUAAUUCUUCCGGAAAAAGUGCAGGAAAGAGCACACGACGAGGAGGUCCUUCAGGCAACAUGUCAGCAAAGCAAGCAAGUUCUGCUAGCGCAGGAGGAAGGCAGCCAACUACAACGACGCCACCAGGAACCAGUAGCGCCCUUCCACCUAGGGAAAAUUGGUCGCAUGACAACUAUCAGAUCGAACAGAUCAAUAAAGGAAACAAGAACCUGUUGAACCGUCUGGUGAAAAUCAAAGACAGGGAUCCAAGAGAUGCGAUUGGUACUUGUUAUUGUUGUUUCUUCUAAUCUCAAAAAUAGCGCAAAAAUUCUUUUUGAUGGGAAGAUGAACUCUCUUCUCUUCAACUUUGAUGUCUUGUUCAAUAAUACUUACGUCCAUUCUCUCCCACUCACAAAAUCAAAAACAAUGUCUCGAAAACCCCCUGAUCUUGCAGCCUCCACUUCCGCACGAAUCGUUCGUCCUAAGAACAGUUCAGUGACGAUCAACCGACUGCGCGAGCAACAGAGGGUUCAACAGGAGAACAUCAAAAUUGUUCAGCGUUUGGAACGGGCGCGAGGAUGUGGAGGAGGAGGACCAUCUACUUAUGUUGUUGUUCAAUGUGUUACGUACUUACUUGUUCCGAGCUGCUGUGUCUCUUAGUUUCGUCUUGUUAAUGAUCGUUUUCAUCAAGUCUUCGUGCUAAUUCAAUUUCAACUACCCUUCUGAGAAUUCAUCAAGUUCAAGUAGUUCAGAAACAUACUAGAGUCUCCCUCCUCCACGACGAGGACCUUCAUACCCGAACACCAAGCAGCGGUUCAGCACCCACAAGGGAAACCUCCGACACUCAUGGUCCUGCACUUUCUGCGGCCGCCCGCCGGGCAUCGAAUAGUACUAGAAAUCCGCACGCGGUACCAGGAAGCGUCGUCGGGCCUAAAGGUGGCAUUCCUAAGGGAUGGACGAGAGGUAUUGGCGGUCAACUCCUACCUCCACCAAAGAUGCGAUGGGGUGCACAAAAGCAAUACGACGCAGGUGCCUGGCAAUCCUGAGGUUUUCACAAGAAAGUAGACGACUCAAUUCGUUAGAUUGGAAGAGUAUUGAUGAGGCACUAGCAGAAGCACCGCAUCCCUGAACCCAGUCUAGUUGCCAUUAAUUUUCGAUAAGUUCUUUUUUUGAUAGAUCAGACAGAUACUAGCAUUAAGUAGAGCAAAUUGAGAAGUAGUAGCAAAAGCAAUAUUUUAGCAAUUAUUAAACAAAUAACUCCAAAAAAAACGAUAAAAAUUUUUGACUUCUAGUUCUGCAGAUUGAGAUCUAACGAUUGAUCAUUGUAACAGAUGGUGAGCUUUGAUUUUGAUGAAAAAGUUAGUAGAUUCUCGAUUUCAAAUUCAAUAUUUUGGAGAAGUAGAAAUAUGAGAUUUUUCGGUCUGAAAGAACGUUUCGUUGUUGUUCAAGCCAAUGUCACAGAGAUUGAAGAUGUCAGCGUGAUUUCUUGUUUCUUAUUCCUAGUAGUGAGUCACAGAGUCUCCUCAGAGGAGACUCCUCUUCUUGAUGCUGCUCAUAGUUUUCUGAAAAGAGCCGGGCCAAGAUGAUGUUGAAGGAAAUCUUCGACGAGGUUGAAAAAG